AUAAAACUAAUGAAAAUGCAGAAGAUGUGAACCUUAAUUUAAGCGGAAAGCACAUGCUCAUUAUUUGCACCUCAUCGAUCCUCAAAUUAACUCUCUUCUCUCCGAUUCAUUCCUCAAAUCUCAAAAUUCAUGGCUUCAAAUCCUGCUAAUAUCGUCGAAAAAGCGCAUCCAACCACCGUAUCCCGAAGGGAACCACAAGCUCGCCGGAAAUUUUCGUUGCGGAAGAAGAAGUUGCCGACGGUCCGGCUAGGAGGCGGGAAGAAUAUCAACAAUCGCCGGCGAUUCUCCGUCGCGAAGCUUUUCCGGCGAGUGAAAUUGCGGUGGCUGAAGGUGCAGUACACGUGUUUGCUGAAAAAAAUGAGAGAAUAUUAUCAAUCUGCGGUGAAGGAUAUAAUGGAAAAUGGCGGAGCAUUGGAUUCGUUUCAGCAGCGUUUACUAUUGGAGACUUCUUUUGCUGUUCCGGUGAUGGGCCUUUCCUUCAAUACUUUUCCAAAUCACUAUGGCACUUGAAGUUUUUUUUUUUUAAUGUUUUUUUACUUGGAAAAACUUAUUAUUAUUGAAAAUAAUUGGAAAAUAAAAUCCUCAAUAAUGCAUCAUUUUUUAAAAUGUCGAAUAGUUUCAUUAUAUAUUUCUCGAAUCAUUUUUAUUUGUUCAGUAUUUCUAAAAUAAAACUUUUCAUUUUUAGCAUAU